UCACCGAAUCUCCUCGGUUGUUUACACUUUUUCCCUUUAGCAUCAGCCGUCAGUCAGUUCUGUCAGUAAAACCGCUUAAAUCUUAUUUUCCAGCAUGGGAUGCGACGGAGGAACCAUUCCUAAAAGACACGAACUAGUCAAGGGACCGAAAAAGGUCGAAAAGGUUGAUAAAAAUGCAGAGCUGGCUGCCAAAUGGAAAUACUGUGCUUUGAGUCAGGAGAAGCUGAAGCGGCCCAUAGUUGCCUGUGAGCUGGGCAGACUGUAUAAUAAAGAUGCCAUCAUUGAGUACUUGUUGGAUAAAUCAGCGGAGAGGCCGAACACAGAGGUUGUGGCUCACAUUCGUAGCCUCAAGGAUGUGAAGGAGCUGAAUCUGACUGACAAUCCAGCAUGGGAAGGUGAAAGGAGAAAUAUUAAAGGAGACUGUUAUGAAGACAUGCACCUCGCCAUGUUCAUCUGUCCUGUUGUGGGAUUGGAGAUGAGUGGAAAACACAAGUUUUUCUUCUUGCAAACCUGUGGGUGUGUUUUCUCGGAGAGAGCGAUCAGAGAGGUCAAGACUGUGAUCUGCCAUAAGUGUGGAGAUCCUUUCCAAGAAGAAGACCUUGUGGUUUUGAAUGGAACUAAAGAGGAAGUGGAGACGCUACAAAAGGCCAUGGAGGAGCGCCGAUCAAAGGCUAAAACGGCGAAAAAAUCAAAGAAGAACAAAGAUACUAAAGUCUCCAAGAACCCGGAUUCAACCGCAGACAGCUGUAAUUUACCCCAAAACCCCUCAGAAUCUAAACCCGCAUCAGUGAAUGGAGACAGCAGCAGUGGAAACAGCAGUGAUUCAGCUCCAGGACCGUCCACGUCCGGAGAGAGCCUGAAGACGCUUAAGGCCCCCGCAGGUCCCAUUUCUGGCAGCAAAAGAUCAAUCCAAGACAUGAAGGAUAAAUCCGAGGCCUUCAAGUCUCUCUUCACCUCUCAUAGCUCUGCCAAACGCACCAAAGACCAGACAUCCAACUGGGUCACACACACACCCUACCACUUCUGAGUGUGCACUUCCUAGUGAGCGUCGCUCUCUAGUGGUCAGGCUGUGCAGGAGCAGAUGCUGUGCAUUCAUGCAUUGUUUUUAGCCUUUAGCAUCUUCAGCUAAAAUGCUUUUUAUUUACUGAUGUCAUGUAUGCAUUUAGUUUUGUGCAUGCUUUAUUUUUUGUACAUCCACAUUGGCUCGAAUGUUAAAUGUCUGCCAAUAUUAUUAUUUUGCUGUAUCAAGACAAUGUUAAAGGCUUAAAUUAAUAGUUCACCCAAAAUGAAAAUCGCCUCAUCAUUUACUCUCCCUCUUGUGGUUUUAAACCCUUAUUGGUUUAUUUCUUCUGUUAAACACAAAGGAAGGUUAUUAAGUUGAGUAAAAAAAUCCAAGUACUUACAGUAAUAUUAAUACAUCAUAGUAAUAUUUCCAUGUAAAGUCCAUAGUAAAAUAAUUACUAUAGAAGUCAAUGAGUGCCAGCAUUUUUCUAAAUAUCUUCUUUUGUGUUUAACAGUAGAAAACAAGUGAAUGCAGAGUAAAUGAUGGCAUAAUUUCCAUUUAAUUAACUAUAUUUUUAAUUAAGGUUUGGACAUGAGGGGUUUCACUAUGUGUUUGUAUUGCAGCAAAACUAGAAGGCAGAUAUUAUGUGUCCACCCUCAGGAGCAUGGGUGAAUCCUGCAGUUGUUAUUAAUAGGUGUUUAUUUUCUGCAAUAACCCACUAGUUGCAGUAGGAAUGCAUUGUACUUUUAAAGAUGCAUUAUUUACUAGAAUAAAAGUCCACGGUUUUGGGGAA